AUGUCGUCGUUUGAGGAUGCAGGCGAUCACGGCGGCGGAACCGUCAACGGCGCGGAGGCCGUGGCCUCGGCGGGCCCCGAGGCUACCUUGAAAAAGACGGAUGAUAGCCAUGGAGGUCAUUUGGACUCUGAUUCUGUGCCAACGCCUUCCGUGGCCACCUCAGUUGCUGCGGUACCCUAUGGCCAGAAUGGCGGGGUACACUCGAUGGGAUCAAACUUGCUGCAAGCUGGUGUGGGCGUGAAUGCAAACCCAGCUCUCAUGAACAUGAGUGUACCCAUGGGCUUGCACAUGGGUGCAUCUGUACCUGUGGGGAUGCCCUUUGGCAUGCCUGUCAGCAUGCCCGUAAACGGUGGGGGAGAACUGCAAGCCAAUGCCUACCACCAGCUGCUGAUGCUGGCCAAGGAUCAUCAAUGUGUCAAGUGCACCUGCCCAGUCUGGACGCCUUGGCACCGUGGCAAGUCGCACGAGUGCCAGGCAGCGCAAUGUGGGCUACGCGUCAUCGAUUAUGGCAGUGAUCGAGCACGUGCUGCAUCCUUGGCACAGGUCGCCUCCCUCAUGAAUCAGUACGUGUCCUGGGAUGCCAAAUCAAACUACAGCCACUUUUACAGCCUGAGCUGGGACAAACGCAAGCACGUUCGAACCAAGCUGGCCUCCUUCCCCCUUCUUGAGAAGAUUUGCGAUCGACUGCCCGAGCGCAAGAAGGUGGGCCGUCCCUCUCGCAAGAGCCGGGACAACCCCAGUGCCAGCAGUGGUGGCGCCUUGCUCUCAUUGCCCAGCAGCACACAACUGUACCACCCACCAACGCAUCCCAUCACGUCAGUGCCGCAUCAUCCGCACCAUCAUCAUCACCACCACCAUCACCAUCACCACCAUCACCAACCUCAUCAACAAUCUCAUCAACAACACCACCAGCAACACCAGCAACAGCAACAGUCACCUCAUCCAACGCAUCACCAACCGAGGCCCCAAUCCCCCCACCACGUGCUACGACAGUUACCACAGGUUCUUGGGCAUAACAGUGCGCCUCCUAACAUGACCCUGCUGCAUCCCUAUUAUGCUCAACACUCACACCAAGCACCGCAGUCCUCGCUACCCGUGCCCACCCUUUUACACACCCCUGCCGUGUCGGGUGCGCAACACGUCCAUGAGUCCGCCGCCCACAUGGCCUUGCUGCAUGAAGGUACUUCCCCAGGGAUUGUUGAGCUACCACCGGCCGCCCCAAAUCAAGUCACUGAAUCGACAGCCUCCACCACCUAUCGAGCCAUCCCCAUCAUGUCGCCGACGGCAUCUUCGAGUGGAUCGCUAGAGCACCAGUCCCACCCGCCCCUCGGAUCGCAUCACCCAUACCACCAGCAUGGGCAAGUGACCCCUGCCAAUCAUCAACUAGGAGCAGCAUCCCACCCACAGAUACACGGACAAGGCACAAUGACGCCAUCGAGCUACUAUGCUUCAACGAACGCGCACCUGGCACCCCAACCCGUGAAAAUGGAAAAUCAUCAUGCCGCUGCCCAUACCGUUGCUGCACCCCCCCUUGCAGCCGCAGCCACAGCAGCUCCUGCAGCUGAAGUGCAAACAGGGCCUGCAGCUCCCCCCGACCUUGAUUCAGAAGACCUGGAUACCAAGCAAGCCAAGCGCGCCAAGUUGGCAUCCCGCCGCUAA